UCCAAAGUAGGCGGAAGGAAUGACAGGGACCACAGGCUCACCAGGUCUCCUCCCCAGAGAAGGCUGGGAGAGGCCCCAGGGCAGGGAGGCCAGUGGGCAGCUCCCACCAGCAGGCCCCAGCUCCUCCUGCCUCAGCCUCCCCUCCUCCUCCCCUUUCUGCUGUGAAAGGGGACGGGAGCACAGGACUGGGGGAAGAGGGGGCCCAGUCACGUCCCUAAGACUCACCUACACUGGCCUCACCCCAUUCCCCUCAAGUUCCCUGUUUUUUCUUUUUUUGCAACAAAGUCUCUCUGUGUAGUCCAGGCUGGCCUUGAACCCAUGCUGGUCUUGAGCUUGCUGUGAUCCUCUUGCCUCAGCCUCAGCCCCCUGCGCCACCAGGCUGGAUUCUCUUUUUUCGGGGUCAGCUGCCUUGAGACAUGGAUCACAACACCAUCCAGCUCAGCUGAGUUCGGCCUGUUUGGAGGGCUGGACAGCAUCAUCACGGUUGCCUUCAGAAUGAAGCAUUUUCUUCCCAUCCCCUCCCCGCCCGCAAGAAACUCUAGCCCUCAGCAGCCACUUCUGGCCCCUCCUGCAGGCCCUGGUGACCAGGAAGCUACUUCCAGCCCCUGAGGCUUUGCCUUGUUUCUCAUGAAAAUGGAGCCAUUUCACGUGGGUCUUUGUAACCAGCCUUUCUCACUUAGUGUGAGGUUCCCGAGCUUCAUCUCUGGCAGCAGGAAUCUGCACUUCACUCACCCCUGAUGGCCAAGAGACAGCGUCCUGUGUGGCCCUGCCACUGUGUACCCAGUCACCUGGUGGUGGCCGUGACGGAGCCUGUGGCUGGUGAGGCUGUCGAGCAGGGCCAGGCCGGGCCCUGCCUGCAAGGACACCCAAGCCCUCCACCGGCCCUGGGGCCCCAGAGCCCGCCAGGCUCUCCCACUGGCCCCACCAUGACAUCGGAGCCCACGUCCCCCCCAGUGGUGCCCCCGCUCCACUCACCCAAGUCGCCUGUCUGGCCCACCUUCCCCUUCCACAGGGAGGGCAGCAGGGUGUGGGAGCGGGGCGGGACAUCUCGGGACCUGCCCAGCCCUUUGCCCACCAAGCGCACCAGGACGUACUCAGCGACAGCCCGCGCCUCGGCCGGCCCUGUGUUCAAGGGCGUCUGCAAGCAGUUCUCCCGCUCCCAGGGCCACGGCUUCAUCACCCCCGAGAAUGGGUCGGAGGACAUCUUUGUGCACGUGUCUGACAUUGAGGGAGAGUACGUGCCCGUGGAAGGUGACGAGGUGACCUACAAGAUGUGCCCCAUCCCGCCUAAGAACCAGAAGUUCCAGGCUGUGGAGGUGGUGCUCACCCAGCUGGCUCCGCACACCCCUCACGAGACGUGGUCUGGGCAGGUUGUGGGCUCCUAGGCUGGGAGCCGUGUGGGGAGGCCUCGGUGUGCAUGUCUGUCUGUCUGUCUGUGCGUGUGCGCCUCCACACCCGUGCCCUGUGACUGUUCUGUGACCCAGCUGGAGCUGGCUGGAGGGGAGGCCACCAGCCCUGGCCUGGCCUGUCCCUCUUGUCCCUUCUUGCCGUAUGCACAAGACCCUCUUGCCCUCCUGCCCACAGCCCUCAUCGGCUGAGUCUCUGCCAGCCUCUGUCUGGCUCAUGGGGACUUGGGGGGACCCCUCUCGGAUGAGCUUGCUCCUCUCUGCCUGUGUCCCACCCUGAACUGGGGCCUCUGGCCCCUGCCAUGGCCUGACCCUCUAGGAAGCCAGGCUGGUGGGGACUUUGGGGGACCCUCCAGCCUCAUGCAGUGGAAGAGGGCUGACCAUGGGGGACACGGCCCCCCACUGCCACAGCCAGCCCGCCUUCCUGCUCUGGCUGGCUCUCAGGGCACUGGUGAGGCGGGAAAGAGGGGCCUGGUGUUCCUGUUUGGCCUGGCAGCGGCUCUGUGAACCCCAUGCUCACCCCCUGCCCCCGAAGGCAAAGAGGGGAUGCCUCUCCCUAGCCUAGGUGCAGCCAUUUCCUCUCCCCCAACUGCCAAGCCCUGUGGAUUCUCCACCCUGUGCCUGGCCACAACAGCUAUGAAGAUGUGGUGAUGGACGACGACACAACAUUGCCUCAGAUGAGACCAGGCCUGGGCACCGGAAGGAUCCACCGGCCUGCACCCCGAUGCGAGCCUCUUCCUCAGCUGUGGGACAGCAGCUCCCACGGGUCCUGACAGGCCAGCGGCCCUGGGGGUCCUCACCUUGUCCAUCCUACUGUCCCUGGUGCGUGGCUGUCCCUCUUACCUGGAGCUCCUCUGGCGCUGAGAUGUCCCUUUGUGCACUGGGGUGACCUGGCCCCUCCCCCUCCCUUCUGAGACCCAAUGUGGGGGAAGUGGGGUCACAUGCUCAAGGCACAGCCUGUCAGGACAGUGACCCUUAUGAGACCCAGUCUGCAAGUAAAAGUGGGGGCUCACAUGACCAGGAUGAGGGGUCAGUGACUAUCUAGGAGGACUUGAAGCUGGCCCAAGACCCCAGGGUACAGAUCAGCUGGGACAUCUGCAUUCCACUCUUGCCCAGUGCCAUCAGAGGCUGGGCGGUGCCAGCACCCUCUGUACCCAGGAAGGGCCAGCCCACCUGACACCUCGGUGAGCUGGACAAGGACACCCUGGGCUCCUUGGCAGAGGCCCUGUCCCCACCCCGGCCUCCCUCCCAUGACCAGGCUCCCUGUGUAGGCAUCAGGCCAGGGCUGCCUGGGCAGCGGGGGCAGCAGCCCUCCUCCCUGUUCUCAGGCCCACAGCACCAUCAGAAGCCGUCCUGAGACCCCAGCCACGGACUCCCCAUCCUCCCUAACACUGGCAAUAAACUCAACUGUGACCUACGC